CCAGAGGCUUGGAUAUGAACAUUGCAAGCGUCUUGUAAUUGCGAAAUCGAAAGCAGAAAAUAUUUUGUAUUUUUAUGCUUUUGCUUUGAAUUUCGCCAGUUCUGCCUUAGUAGCAGAGAAUGAGCGAGGGAUCAGGGGCAGACCCUGAGCAGUUGGAGAGAGAUGGAGCUGGGUUUGCACAACAAGCUGUGGCCUGUGACCAUGCUGGGCAGAAUGAGACAGCAGUGUUUUACUAUACAGAAGCAGCCGAGGCCCUUCGGAAUGCUAUAUUUGCUGGCUCCAAGAUGCCUGGUAUCACAGCAAAAGUCAAUGAAUAUAUCUCUAGGGCAGAGCAACUCAAAUCCAAUCCGCAAACAGUUCAACAAGCUAAUGAGCCAUCAAAAUCAUCACAUCAGCUGGAAUUGGAGCGCGCCAACUUCCUGAUCCGGCAGGCGUUCGAAGCUGAUGGCUCACAAGACAGAAAAGAAGCUAUUCAGCUGUACACUGAGGCCGUUGAACUCUGUCUCAAAAUUAGGGACUCAACCAAAGAUCAAGCUCUACAGACAAAAGUGAAGAAAUUGGCCAUGCAGGCUCUGGACAGAGCUGAAGCGAUUAAAAAGGAGCUGGCACCAACCGCAGCUGUACAGAAUAAACCUGCAUCUCAGCAACUUCCAACAAAUAAGCCAGUGAAUGCUGCAGGAAAGGUAGUGCCUCCUCUGGGGUUUGGGGCUUUUGACAGCGACGAUGAUGAUGAAGGUCAAAGGGCACGGGCACCUGCUGCAGCCCUUGCGGGGACUCAGAGAGUGGCUGGUGGAGGGGGAGGGGGAGGGGGUGGAAGUACAGUGAAUGUGGGGCCUGGCGGGUACACCAAGGAGGAGAUAGAUGUUCUCAGGAAGACGUCUGACAUCAAUGGACGUGUUUAUGUGCCAUUUCUUUCAACAGAUGUGAGAGAAAAAUUUGCAUUUCCAGUGCCUUUCACGGAUAAAGAUGGUAAGCUUGCUUUAUCAGCCAAACAGAUACAGCAGAUUUCCAAGUGGGUGAGACCCGAGGACUUUUGUGACAGCCCACAGAUGAUUUAUGCUGUGUCAAGCUUCAGCAUAAGACAGACGGUAGUGUCCGACUGCAGUUUUGUGGCAUCCCUUGCCAUCAGUGCACAGUACGAGAGGCGGUUUAAACGCAAACUCAUCACUAGUAUAAUCUACCCCCAGAACCGAGCUGGUGAACCAGUGUACAACCCGUGUGGAAAAUAUAUGGUCAAGCUUAACCUCAAUGGAGUUCCAAGGAAGGUUAUAGUGGAUGACUACCUCCCGAUGUCCCAGUAUAAAGAGCUACUGUGUUCCUACUCUAACAACAAGAGUGAGUUGUGGGUCUCCAUACUGGAAAAGGCUUACAUGAAGGUCAUGGGUGGAUAUGACUUUCCUGGCUCAAACUCUAACAUAGAUCUGCAUGCGUUGACUGGCUGGAUUCCGGAGCGAAUCUCAAUAACCCGUGAUAGUGACCAGGAUGAUAGGUUUGAUAAGGACAAGGAGUUCAAACGCAUCCUUGAAAGGUUCCACUUGGGGCAUUGCCUGGUAACUGUAGCAACAGGAGACAUACCAGAGACUGAUGCUGACCGGGCAGGGCUGGUUCCCACACAUGCAUACGCCAUGCUGGACAUCAGAGAAGUCAAGGGGAAAAAACUGUGGAUGUUGAAAAAUCCCUGGAAUCAUCUUCGUUGGAAGGGUCGUUACAGCGAACGAGAUGAAGGAAACUGGACACCCGAACUUCAGAAGGCAGUAAAUUACGACCCAAAGAGUGCUCAGACUUUUGACAAUGGUGUGUUCUGGAUCGACUACGAAUCUCUGAUCCACUUCUAUGAUGUCAUCUACAUCAACUGGAACCCUGAACUGUUCAAGUUCACCACCUGUAUUCACAGCUCAUGGGAAGCUAAAGAAGGCCCAAAGAAGGAUCGCUACAACAUCAGUGAUAACCCACAGUAUAGACUGGAGCUGAAAUCCGGCCAGCCAUCCGCAGUUUGGUGCCUGCUCACUCGCCAUAUCACUGACAAGGCUGACUUUGCGAACAAUAAGGAGUUUAUUGCCCUGCUGGUGUAUGACACAGGUGGAAAGAAGAUCUUCUAUCCUCAUGACCCACCCCCGUACAAGGACGGGGUAAGAAUCAACAGUCCUCACUACCUCUGUAAACUUGUGGAAAACAAGAAGAAUGCCACCUAUACUCUCGUUGUCUCGCAGUACGAGAAAAACAACACGAUACAUUACACGCUCAGGGUGUACGCAACAUGUGACUUCUCUCUCACGAAGAUUGUUGACCCGUAUAAAAAGCAAUACGAGAAGAGGUUUACAGGCCAGUGGAAGGGGGUCACAGCUGGUGGGUGCGGCAACUACCCUGAGACCCACAAAAACAACCCCAUCUACCAGGUGAAGAUGGACAACAACUCAACAGAUAAUUACCUCCUGGUGGAAGUCUUUGGUCCAAAGGAGUACAGUGUGGGUUUUGAGGUGAUAGCAGUGAGCCCCAACGUGCCCAACAGCUUCACGAAGCUGACCUCCGGUGAUUUCAGGCGUGGCUACACUGUGCUACAACUGGAUCGUAUAGCUGGAGGUGUCUACAACAUUUCACCAUGUACAUUCAAGCCGGGAGAGGAAGGACCUUUCUUCCUCGACAUUAACAGUUCUACGCCUUUCACAGUCAACCAACUGAGAUGAUAGUGAAUUUAAUGCCAUUGUAGAUUGCUCAAUAGGCGACUGGUACAAUAUUUCCCCAUGUGCAUUAAGCCAAUGAAGGUGGAGCUGUCCUUUCUCAUCACCAACAGUUCUACCCUCUCACAGUGAACUUAGAUGAUAGUGAUUUAAAAGUCAUUGCUCAGGCUGUUUCUGAAAUAAUAUUUCAAGAAUACACAGGCCAGGGCAGGUGUGGCCAUUCCUUCUUGACAUUCUACGACAAUACUGUCAACUGAGAUAAUAACGAAUUAAAAUCAAGGGUAGAAUGCUCAAGCAGGAACAAUAAGUACCGGUAUGUCAACAAAUUAUUUGUUACAUUCUUGCAAAAAAACAAUGAAAAAAAAUAAUAAAGAAUGAAAUGUCUCUUUUUUAUGGCUAAUAAAUAUUUCAAAUAGGGAUUGAAAAGUCCAAUGAGGUUGGGGUUGAAAAGUCUAAGGAUUGAAAAAUCUUCGUUUUGAGCAGGGUUUGAACAGUCUUGGGGUGAAAAUUCCUGCUCCCCUGGAAGAAGGGGCCUUUCUCCCGUUCUGCACAUUUCACAGCGACCCAGCUGAGAUAGAACUUCUUAUAAUUUGUGCUAAUGGCCUGCCAGUGAUAAUCUAGGUGCAUUUGAUCCAAACCAUUCUCAUGAUAUUUGCAGCACAUUAGCCUUAGGGACCAGAAUAGCCUUUCACCAUGAGCCGGUCUUCCCUUUUCACUGUCAACUAACUUCUUACAAUAAUGUUUUUAUUUAUAUUCAUCAGCAAUAAGCCAUUGCACACCAUAAUUAUUCAUGUCAGUUGUUAUAUUUUGACAUGUAUUUGUGAUCUGGUUGUUAUUUUGUUAGGAAACAUGUAUGUGUAUUGGUUCAUAAUCUAAUUAUCCUUUGAACAGCUUAUGUGUAUUCUUCAUUAAUUUAUUUUAAUAUUUUUUUGUGGAUGAGGAUGAUAGUAUGCAAAGAAGAAGCACUAUUGUAGAACGUUGAAUAACAAGUGCACAAAUGUGCUUGACCAAAUAUUGCUCAUUUGGAAGUGAACAAAUGGUGUUUUUGUUGUUACAUUCAUAAAGUUACCGGUCUAUUUUAUUUUAUACAUAUUUUUGUUUCUGUUUCUCAUGAUGUAUAUGCCACACUGAAUAUAUAUAUAUAUAUAUAUAUAUAUAUAUAUUGAUUUUAUUUAUUAUGAAGUAAAUAAACAUGUGACAUGUCUUAAAUAUGUG